CAAGAUAGUGGUGACGGGUUGACCAUGGAGACUAGAAGUUCUAGUCCAGGACUAUUCCGACGAUUAAGUUCGAGAAUACUAUCUAGGGAGGCAGAUAACUUCGGAAAUCCUGUUUAUGGCACUCUAGUAGUUGUUCUGGCUGUAUAGACUACCCUGACCGGCACGUUUCUUUCUCAUCCAAGACUACCUAUACUAUGAUUUCAUUGAAGCGGUAAUCAAUUUCACUUACCUAGUAUCUAUGAAGCCAUAUUGAGGAGUACCUAAUAAUGAUGCUAUCGACAAUACACUAAUGCGAAGCGACUAGUUCGAAUGAAGCUUUUUCUUGAUAUAUCCCGUCAUGCCAUUGUCACCGGGACGCCAUCUAGGGGGUCAUAGAACCAAGUUUUCACCAUCCGAGGUCGGUGUUUGAAGUCGGUUGCAAGCAGUCAAAUAGAGCAACACUCUUCCAUUGUAUCAAGUCUCCAGUUUCAAGUCUCCAGUUCAAAGCAUCCAGCCACCGGAUCUAUCAUAAAGUUAUAACAUUCGCUUUAAAUAUAAAGAACCCCCCCAAAAAUCAAAUAUGCACGCAAAUCUUUGUUUCGCAGCCCUUCUGGCGGUCGCAUCAUCCGCAGCCCUCGCGGCAAACAACCCCGCAGGCGUCCCCGUCGACUUCAUCGUGGAAGCUCGGCAGGAAACCACCACGGUGACCAUGUCGGACACUUCCAUGGCAAGCUCGAGCAUGGACUCGACCAUGACCGACUCGACCAUGACAGACUCAACUAUGACAGACUCUACUAUGACAGACUCUACCAUGACGGAUUCCACCAGGACCGACUCCACCGCGACUGAAACCAUGUCAUCAAGCGAGACCAUGUCGUCGACCGAGAUGGGCUCGAUGUCCUCGACCGAAACCGGGUCCAUGUCGAUGUCCUCAACCGAAGGUGGCGGAUCCGGAUCUAUGAGCUCCAGCAUGAGCAUGUCCGGAUCUGGUGGAGCUGGCGGCUCGUCGUCGACUGCCAAGGUCUCCGGAAACCCAGCGGCGAGAGCUACGGCCGCGCCGGUGGCGGGUAUGGCGGCUGUUGCUGGUGUGGCUGCGGUUAUCAUGGUAUAAGGCCCAAUUGAAUGGGAUGGGAUGGGAUGGGAUGGGGGUG